AUGAUCUUCCAGCGUUUCGGAGUAGGAGUGACGGGAUCUAUUUCAUCAAAGCUAAAUUUACUUGGAGCAGACGCUGCCCGAGCAGCAGAAGCGGCAAGGUUGCUUGAAGAAGGAAAACAAGAAAAAGUUCUUCCACCGCCGAAAAUAAGAUGCCAAGCCUGGAAACUUCCUGUCGUCGAGAGCAAAAUCACCCUUGUUGGAAAACGAAUCGCACACCACUACGCUGUCGAACGACAUGACAUCUUUUGUCCAGCUUGCAAUUGUUGCUUUGUCGAUUUUCAUGAGUAUCAGUCUCAUUUAAUCAUCAAAGAAGCGGAAGAAGAAAUCAAGGAAAAGAUUCGUAUUUUCACGGCUGAGCAAGGACACAAAGCGCGUCAGAUGGAGUCGAUUUUCGAACGACACGGCAAGUACGCUGAGAGCAGGAGUGCACGACGAAAAAGUCGCCUGAAGUCUGUCGACUGGUCAAACUGGUCUUAUCACAUGGAUCAAGUACAGGCGGAAAUAAAUACAGAAGAAAGCGACAGUUACAGAGACCCGUCCUAUAAAUUCGCGACUGGCGAUGGUCAAACGGAAAAACGAAUGUACAAGCGCGAGGCUGCUAUAGAAGAAUAUAAGCGCAUUCGAGCCUUGUUUACAGAUCUGAAGCAUAGAAAGUAUCUUCGCGAAAUGAUGAACAAAAAUGAACACAACGGGUACUUUGCAUUGCCCUCGAUCGCGAAUGGCAACAAAAGAAUUACUUUCACGGAGAAUACCGAUAGCGACACAUCUGUCUACUAA